AUGUUCGACGUGAAGACUCCUGCUGGACUUUCUGCAUUCAACGAAGUGCUUCAUACGCAGGCCUUCGCUACGGGAUUCGUUCUUUCUGGUGAGGACAGCACCUUGUUCGAAGCCAUUGGAUCGGCUCCAUGUGCGAAAACCUACCCCAAUGUUGCUCGUUGGUAUAGAAAUAUCGCGAGCUACGAUAAAAGUGAGCGCAGCGCUUGGCCAUCCGCUGGAGGUUCCGCUGGUGGAGACGAGGAGAAGGAGGAUGACUUGGAUCUGUUUGGAUCAGAUGAUGAGGAGGAUUUGGAGAAACAGAAAGUUGUGCAAGAACGCCUGAAAGCCUAUGCUGAGAAGAAGGCUGCCAAGCCUGGUCCUAUCGCUAAGUCCUCUGUCAUUCUCGAUGUGAAACCUUGGGAUGACGAGACAAACAUGGAAGAAAUGGAGAAACUCGUUCGUGGUAUCGAAAUGGAUGGCCUUGUUUGGGGAGGAGCUAAACUGCUCCCGAUUGGAUACGGAAUCAAGAAACUCCAAAUUAUCUGUGUGAUCGAAGAUCUUAAAGUAUCUGUAGAUGAUUUGAUCGAAAAAAUCACGGGUGACUUCGAGGACCACGUCCAGUCGGUGGAUAUAGCGGCGUUCAACAAGAUUUGA